AUGAUGGUGGCAUGUGAGAGGGAGAGAGGUGUGGCAAGGAGGUGGGCGAACGCUGGAAUGCGGUGGGCGCUGCUGGGUGCUCAAGACUCGCCAGUGCGGCUGGGAAGCCCGUGGCGCUGUGGGGUCAUGUGGUCAGGAGUUUUCGGCGACGGGUGGCGCCACGCUGCUGGCGAUCGGCCUCGCGCGGGCUGUCAGCGUAGCGGGCGCAUGCAAAAGAAGGAAGGCGAGUAUGGCGUGGGCUGGGCUUUGGUAAUUUCUUGGGCCAAAGGCGGAGCGCGAGCAGCAAGUGGUAUGUACAGGUGCGAGGGCUUUUUGGGCGGCUUAUGGGUGGGCGGAAAAAGCCAGAGCACGCAGUUCUCAUCAGACUCCCCUGAAUCUUAUCCCCUCCUCUGCUCUGCUUCUCCAUCCUGCCUCGCCGCCCCGUCGCAGGGGAAGCGGCAUUGGAAGGCCGGCGAGUUCCCGGGCACCACCGCCGGUCCCGGGUCGGGGACGCCGAGGACUCCCCUCAAGAACGUCAAGAAGCGGCUGGACGCCCGCGCGGACGCCAAGGCGUGGGCGUGCACCGUCACCGAGGCCCUCGCUGACCGCGUCAGCUCUAAGAACUGGCAAGAGGCGCUCCAGGUCUUUGAGAUGCUCAAGGAACAGCCUUUCUACCAUCCCAAAGAGGGCACCUACAUGAAGCUUAUCGUGCUGCUUGGCCGAUCAGGGCAGCCCGCCCGAGCGCACCAGCUAUUCGACGAGAUGUUGCAACAAGGAUGCCAGCCCACCUCUGAGCUUUACACCGCCUUAAUUGGGGCCUACUGCCGCAGCGGCCUACUGGAUGAGGCGCUCCAGCUCCUCAAUGACAUGAAGCGCUCACCGUUGUGCCAGCCUUACGUCUACACCUACAGCACCAUCAUCAAGGCCUGUGUCGAUGCCGCUAGAUUUGACCUCAUCGAUGUUAUGUACAAAGACAUGGCUGAGCGCUCUAUAGCGCCCAACACGGUGCUCUCUGACAUGCUCGACAGCACAACCUGCAAACCGGAUGUGUGGACCAUGAACAUUAUCUUAAGCCUGUUUGGAAACAGGGGCCAGGUUGAAUUGAUGGAAAAAUGGUACGAGAAAUUCCGAAGCUAUGGGGUUGAACCAGAGACUCGCACACUGAACAUCCUGAUUGGUGCCUAUGGGAAGAAGCGGAUGUAUGAUAAGAUGUCUGCAGUCAUGGAGUACAUGCGCAAGCUUGCGUUCCCAUGGACAACCGCGACAUACAACAAUGUGAUUGAGGCAUUUGCCGAGGCGGGUGAUGCCAAAAACAUGGAGCACACAUUUAACCAGAUGCGCUCUGAGGGUAUGAAGCCGGAUACAAAGACCUUCUGCUGUCUAAUAAAUGGGUUUAGCAAAGCAGGCCAAUUCCAUAAGGUGGUGGGCAUGGUUAAGCUUGCUGAGAGGCUUGAUGUGCCUGCAAAUACAUCUUUCUACAAUGCUAUUCUUGGUGCAUGUGCAAGAGCAGAUGAUCUUAUGGAGAUGGAGAGGGUCUUCAGGCACAUGAAGCAUACACAGUGUGAUCCUGAUGCUGUGACAUACUCUAUCUUGGUGGAAGCUUAUCGCAAGGAAGGAAUGACCGAUAAGAUUUAUGCUUUGCAUCAGGAGAACCCAACUUUGGUUCCAGCUGAUUUUGUCAUGGUUUAA